AUGUAUUACGAAGAAAGCUUGGAAGAAUUAGAUAUUAAUGAGAAACGGAGCCUUUUUUAUAAUCAUAUUUAUCGUUAUUCUUGGCGUAGUCAUAUUUGUCAUAAUCUUUGUCGUAACUCUUUGAGUAGUCAUAUUUGUCGUAUUUCUUGGCGUAGUCGUAUUUAUCGUAAUCUUUUUCGUAUUUCUUGGCGUAGUCGUAUUUAUCGUAAUCUUUUUCGUAUUUCUUGGUGUAGUCAUAUUUGUCGUAAUCUUUGUCGUAUUUCUUGGCGUAGUCGUAUUUAUCGUAAUCUUUUUCGUAUUUCUUGGCGUAGUCGUAUUUAUCGUAAUCUUUUUCGUAUUUCUUGGCGUAGUCGUAUUUAUCGUAAUCUUUUUCGUAUUUCUUGGCGUAGUCGUAUUUAUCGUAAUCUUUGUCGUAACUCUUUGAGUAGUCAUAUUUGUCGUAUUUCUUGGUGUAGUCAUAUUUGUCGUAAUCUUUGUCGUAACUCUUUGAGUAGUCAUAUUUGUCGUAUUUCUUGGUGUAGUCAUAUUUGUCGUAAUCUUUGUCGUAUUUCUUGGUGUAGUCAUAUUUGUCGUAAUCUUUGUCGUAUUUCUUGGUGUAGUCAUAUUUGUCGUAAUCUUUUUCAUAACUCUUUGAGUAGUCAUAUUUGUCGUAGCUCUUCGAGUAGUCGUACUUAUCAUAAUCCUUGUCAUAACCCUUGGAGUAGUCAUAUUUGUCGUAUUUCUUGGUGUAGUCAUAUUUUUCGUAAUCCUUGUCGUAACCUUUUGAGUAGUCAUAUUUGUCGUAGCUCUUCGAGUAGUCGUAUUUGUCAUAUUUCUUGGUGUAGUCAUAUUUGUCAUAAUCCUUUUCGUAUCCUUUCGAGUAGUCAUACUUGUCGUAAUACUUAUCAUAACUCUUUGUAUAGUAGUCAUAAGUAUCAUAUUUCUUAG